CGGAUCCGUCGAACUCCCACUUCAUCCUUCUAGAUUUGUUCUCAUCUUCCGCGUUCUCUCUCUCUCUUCUUUCUGAAAGCUUCAAACUUCAAGUUUCCCCUUUUGUGGGUUGAUCCGUGACAGAAACUCUUCCCAAAUACGAAAGCUUCAAAGCAAAAGAUCGUGCCGAAACUUUUCGAUCCAGGUUUUUCUUGGAGGACUUUCUUCAACAAUCUUAACGCGUUUGAAAACUCAUCGAGCGAAGCUAUGGAGACUCUUCAUAGAACAACAUCUAGGAAAGAAAAGAACAGAGUACGUCAUCACGGGUUAACUCAGCAAAAGAGGCAAGAGAUUAAGGAAGCAUUUGAGUUAUUUGACACUGAUGGCUCAGGCACUAUUGAUGCCAAGGAGCUGAAUGUCGCCAUGAGGGCCCUGGGUUUUGAGAUGACAGAAGAGCAAAUCCUUCAAAUGAUUGCGGAUGUUGACAAGGAUGGCAGCGGUGCAAUUGAUUUUGAUGAAUUUGUGUACAUGAUGACAGCCAAAAUUGGAGAAAGGGAUACUAAGGAGGAACUCAUGAAAGCAUUCCACAUUAUUGACCAAGAUAAGAAUGGAAAGAUCUCUAUUGCAGACAUUAAGCGUAUAGCAAAGGAGCUGGGUGAGAACUUCACUGACAGGGAUAUUCAAGAGAUGGUUGCGGAAGCUGACCAAGAUCGUGAUGGAGAAGUUGAUGCUGAAGAGUUUAUGAGGAUUAUGAAGAAAACUGCAUAUGGGUAUUAGAAACUCUGAGUAUCAAGCUUGUUGAGAGUUUGAUGUGCAGAAGGUUUAUUUCUGGACUAUGCUGUUUAUGUACUCUAGUUAUCCCCGAAGAAAAGAUGAAAAAAGAGUGGCUUAGUAGAUAUGUUAUGGGUACAGCCAGAUUUAUAUAUUUUCAGUGCAUUAUGUAGCUUAUAUUGACAGUGUGGAGGUAGUCCAAGCCGUUUUAUUUCUGUCUAACAGUGUUUUGCCAAACAAUGAAUGAUUGAAUCCAAGACAGGACAUCUUGAUCAGUA